GAGACUUUAGUAAGCCAGUUUUCCUCUCUUUUGAGCAAAGCCAACUUUAUACAAAUCAUUAGUGGCUAAUUAUGGGGUGCUUUCUAGCUUGUUUUUCUACUCCCAAGCAUCGAAAUCCUCAAAUAAUGGCUUCUGGAGACCAAAGUCUUGAGGCUAACGAAGCUUUUCAAACCACUCUUCUACAAAAGCAAAAAGGCAUUGAGAAACCCGUUACCCCCAUCACGGAAUCAGAAGUGAGAGUUGAAGUGCAGCCGAAUCGCAGCGCCGGAAAGAAAUUUACCUUUGAGGAGAAACAGAAUGGAAAUCGAGGAGGAGCUGAAGAAGGCAAACAGAUUUCGGGUUUGAUUGCUUCAAGCAUUCUACCCUUUCCUUCGAACCACAGAUAUCAAAGGUUUGCAGGCGAGUUGGAUUAUGAUGAUAAUGAUGAAAUUGGGAAUGACGAUUCACUGAUUCAAGAAGAAACUUCGGAGUCAUUGUUUUCUUUGUCCAUUGAUUCAAGAACGCACGUUGGUGCCAUUGAAACCGGCGAAAAGGAGGUAAAUAGUCCGAUCCCGGUUCAUGCUUCAACUCAUGAGGAGCUCAAGACAAACGCAAGUCAGUGCUUUCGUUCAGUCCUGACGCCAAUCGAAAAUCUUACUCAAGGGAAGGCGGUCCAAGCAAAAACAGACACGCCUUUAAUGAAUAAAGCAAAGGAGAAAGUCAAUUUAGAGCCAAAGUCCAAUGAUUUGAAGCCAAAACAAGAACAAAUUCUUGUUGAUACCAGCCUUUCAAGCUGGCUGGUUGUAUCCGAAUCUUCGCCCAGCUCCAGGAAUAGUAGUAAUUCUACUGGGAACUCAGCCUCUGAGAAAGCGAAUUCAAUUAGAAGUCAUGAGAACAAGCCAGUUCUAGGAGCAUUGACUCUUGAAGAGCACCUAUGGUUUUCUGCAUCUCCAUCUUCGAGACUGUCAAAAAGCCAAAGUCCUGAGGACAAGCUGAUUAUAGGUACCGUUGGAAGUUACUGGAGUCAUACUGGGCAGAGCAGGGAUUCAGGCUCACUGGCUCAGGCCCUUCUUGUGAAGAAAUGACAAAGGCAGGAAGCAAAAACAAAAAGGUAUUAGUGAAGCGACUCAUCCUAUAUGUGUUCAGUUGUUUUCUUGACUUUGGUGUCUAAGAGUUGUUUUUUGUUUGGGAAGAAUGAGAAGAUGAAAUGGAAUUCUACUCCAUUCAAGGCAAGAAUGGACAGAGCACUGCCUCAAGUGUAGCCUCAUUUAAUCGACUAGUGUACUAGCCAGAUGAUUGCAAUUAUCUGGUUUUCAUGUAUGGUAUAUGUA